CUUUUCUUCUCCAAAUAACGCCUUCACAGAUUAGUAUCACUAAUCAAGAUGAGUACGGGAACUGAUAAACUUGUUGGAGCUGUUGCCUUUGCUAGUGCUUGGGUUAUCUUCAUCUAUUAUACUUUGUGGGCCUUAGUGAUGCCACUUAUUGAUGAAAACAAUGGAAUACAACAAUACUUCCCUCCUUUUGAAUACGCCAUUCGUUUACCCUUUUAUAUCCUUGUUCUUGGUAUUGUGGGUAUUGUUGCAUUCUUUACCUACGCGUCGGCAAAACAAAAAGCGAAACAAGCAAAGAAAGCGACAUGACACCAACAUAUUCUUCAUCAUUAUUCCUUCUAGAACAGAUAUUCUAUCACAACUCCUUCUUUCUUCUAUUAUUAUUUGUUUUUGUUUUUUUUAUAUUUAUACAUACAAUAAAAAAAAUCAUCAUAUAGUUCCAAUUA